AUGGCGCGAUCCGCCAUCGUGCAAGAGUACGACACUCAGCCCUCGGCGCGCACCGUCACCUUUAGCGUCGACCAGAAAACCAACACGCAGCGGCAGAACAAUGGCAUCGAACGCCCCCAAGGCUACACCGUGUCGUGGCACGCGAACCCGGCCGUCGAAGCUCACCACUUUGGCCAGUCGCAUCCAAUGAAGCCCUGGCGACUGACACUCACAAAACAACUCGUGCUGGCCUAUGGCAUGCACCACGCCAUGGACCUGUACCUCUCGCGCGCCGCCACCUUUGACGAAAUGGCCGAUUUCCACAAGGCCGACUACCUCGACUUUUUGCGCCAAGUUAUCCCCGCGGAUAUGGAGGCUGCCGAGCAGUCCGACCGCAUCGCAAGCUACAAUUUUGGUGAUGACUGUCCCAUUUUUGAUGGAUUGUAUAGCUACUGCUCGCUGUAUGCCGGCGGCACCGUCGACGCGGCUCGCAAGCUGGUCAACAACCAGUCGGACAUUGCCAUCAACUGGUCGGGUGGGCUUCAUCACGCGAAAAAAUCCGAGGCGAGUGGGUUUUGCUAUGUUAAUGAUAUCGUCUUGGGCAUUCUCCAACUGCUGCGCUUCCACCCCCGCGUCAUGUAUAUCGACAUUGACGUGCACCACGGCGACGGCGUCGAGCAGGCAUUUUGGUCGUCGGACCGCGUCCUGACCGUUUCGUUCCACAAAUACGAUAAGGACAACUUUUUCCCAGGUACCGGCGCGCUCGACAGCAACGGCCCUUCGCAUCCACUCAACCCAGGCGCCCACCACGCAAUCAACGUGCCGCUCCACGACGGCAUCGAAGACGACGACUACCUCCAGCUAUACAAAGACGUCGUCGGCGCGUGCGUGGAAACCUACAAACCGGGCGCCAUCGUGCUGCAAUGCGGCGCCGACAGUCUGGGCUGCGAUCGCCUCGGCUGCUUCAAUCUCAACGUGACGGGCCACGGAGCCUGCGUCUCCUACACAAAAACUUUUGGCAUCCCGCUCCUCGUCGUCGGCGGUGGCGGCUACACCCCCCGAAAUGUGUCCCGCGCCUGGACCCACGAAACUUCGAUUCUCAUCGACGCCGUCGACAAAAUCGACCCAGAUAUUCCAGACACCGUCGCCUUUCGUAACCACUUUGGCCCGGAUUACAGCCUUUUCCCGAAGCUCUCGGAAAUGCGCAAAAUCGAAAACAAAAACACAAAACCAUAUCUUGCCAACGUGCUCACAGCGAUUCGCGAACAACUACGAUAUAUGCAGGGUGCGCCCAGUGUUCAAAUGAGCUAUAUUCCACCAGAUAUUUUGGGUCUGAGGGAAGAUAUGGAGAAGGAGUUAGAGGAGGAGUAUGAUUUGAUGGACGAAGAGCAGGAGGAUCGGGACGGGGCUGGAGUGUCGACGCGGCCUUCUACCGGUGGUGGCAGUGUUGGGGGUGGUAGUAUUGGCGGUGGUGGGAGUAAUGGUGGCCAUAAAAGGAAGGAUUUGGAGCGUGGUCUGGGUACGAGAGGGGAGUUAUCUGCGUGA